UAAAAUCUUAAUUUAGAUUGUACAAAACUUUUGAGACUAGACUUUGACUUUGACAGAACAGAUAAUAUUUUGAUGUGACCGUGUUUCCUGAUUUCCUCGUUUCUCGCUAUUGCAGGUUGUGGAUGACGCAUACUCUUAUAAAAGCAGUGAAUAAAAGUGAAUAAUUUGUUAUCCCAUAGGUAUCAUUAUUUAGUUUAUUCGUAAUAUAGAUUUGUAGCAUAGUAAGUGAACACAAUGAGUUUUCUUGGUAAGUUAUUCGGUGGGAAGAAGGAAGAAAAAGGACCUACUACGCAUGAAGCGAUACAAAAAUUACGUGAAACUGAGGAGUUAUUGCUCAAAAAGCAAGAGUUUCUGGAAAGAAAGAUCGAGGGAGAAAUCCAGACAGCUAGGAAAAAUGGGACAAAGAACAAAAGAGCUGCCAUUGCUGCUCUUAAACGUAAGAAGAGAUAUGAAAAGCAGUUGACACAGAUUGAUGGCACACUAACACAGAUAGAAGCACAGAGAGAAGCGCUAGAAGGUGCCAACACUAAUGCACAGGUGCUCAACACAAUGAAGGAGGCAGCUAAUGCCAUGAAACUGGCACACAAAGACAUUGAUGUUGACAAGGUGCAUGAUAUAAUGGAUGAUAUUGCCGAGCAGCACGAUAUCUCCCGGGAGAUCACCGAUGCUAUUAGUAACAAUGUCGCCUUCCCCAAUGAUAUUGAUGAGGAUGAGCUGGAGAGAGAACUUGAGGAGUUAGAACAGGAGGAUCUGGACAAGGAGAUGCUGGGCAUCAACGUGCCUACAGACACAUUGCCCGAUGUGCCUGCUGCAGAACUCGUGCAUGACAAGCCUAAGCCAGCACGCACCAAGAAAGACGAGGAAGAUGAAGAAUUGGCAAAGCUCCAGUCUUGGGCCACAUAGACUAACACUGUCUACCCCAAAAGCGAACGCCUUAGUUGUAUGUAUGUGAUAUUUUAAUAACCAAUCGGGAGAGUAUUGAAGCUUUUUACUUUUUAAAUUUAAAACUUAUUAAAAUGUGU